AUUCAGGCGAUCUGUAUCGGAGAAUCAAAAGGUCUCUGCUUCGGUUCGUGGUUGAGCGAGGAGAUAGGCAUCGGAAUGGUGCGCGCAGCGAAGAAGGUGGAACCAAGUGGGGAGCCAAACCCGGAAGCGAUAGGGCGCAAGAGGCUCAAAGGUUUGGCCUUUUCUAACAACUUACUCUCUGAGACGCCUGCCAACAGCCACCUUCAUCUCAAGCCUUCCAAGACAGUGGUUAAGCAUCACGGCUCAGACAUUCUCAGGAAAUCUCAGAGAAAGAACAGGUUCUUAUUCUCCUUUCCGGGCCUCAUUGCUCCCACUGGCGGCGGAAAGAUUGGCGAGCUUAAGGAUUUGGGAACUAAAAACCCCAUUCUGUACCUCGAUUUCCCUCAGGGCCGAAUGAAGUUAUUUGGGACUAUUGUAUAUCCGAAGAGCAGAUACCUGACUUUACAGUUUUCUAGAAGCGGAAAGAAUGCAAUGUGCGAAGAUUAUUUUGACAAUAUGAUUGUAUUUUCGGAUGCAUGGUGGAUUGGGACAAAAGAUGGGAAUCCAGAAGAAGCCAGACUUGAAUUUCCUAAGGAAUUGUAUGAGGGACAACCAGCUGAAUAUGACUUUAAAGGUGGUGCAGGUUCUGCAUCUGUAGUUAAUCCGGUUGUUCCCAAAACCAGGAUGCAAUGUGCUGAGCAACAAUCGCCAAAGACACCUGCUGAGGAUGAUCUAUCAGACAGUGAAAACAACAACAAAGGUACUAAGGAGGUGGUUCCAGUUCGACACUCAGAGAGAACCCCAAGAAAAUCAUACAAACUUGCAGAUGCCUCUAGUGAUGAAUCUCCUGAAAGCAGCCCGGAUCUCUCUGAACAUGAAGAAAAAAAAGAAAGUCCAUGCAUGGUGAUCGGUGAUGUUAAGGAGGAUGCUGUAGAAGAAAUUCAGGUCCCUAAGGAAAAUAAAAAGUUGGCUUCAGGAUCUACGUCUAAAAAGGUCUCUCAAGUUUCUUCAACAUCUGCAGCUAAGGAAGUUUCCAGCGGCAAUUGUGGUUCACUUGUCCAAGCUACUUUAUCCACAUUAUUCAAAAAGGUGGAAGAAAAGAAGGCUCCAAGAAUCCGGAAGAAACUUCCAUCAUCAAAAGAUUCCACCAAAAAGUUGCAGAAUGCUGGUUCAAAAAGGAACAUAGAUCUGGAGGAAGGAUCCAAGAAAAGAGUAAAACAGAGCAAAGACAAUGAUCCUGGUGGAAAUAAGGCACCGAAGGGUAAAAAACGCAAGGUUGAAGAUGAAGUUGAUGACAUUGAAGAAGUUUCAAGUGAUUCAGAGGAUAUGGAUGAAAGCGACGAAGAUUGGACUGCUUGAGCUUAUGAUCUGGAUUGUAGAGAUGAUGCCACAAGUUCAAGCAAGUCAAGUGAUGCUAUUUCCCUUGCUAAAAUUGUCGACUCUGAUGGCUAGAGAAGGCUGAAACGCCUUUCAUGCACAAGUUCGUGCUUGAGAAGUGACAUAUCAUUGUGGCAUGAUGAAGAAUGAGUUGAAAUGAUUGACAGAAAAAAUGGAGAUGUGUGGAGGGUUGAAGGAAGUUUUACUGUGGAGAAUCAAAUCUGUUGUAUCAAUGAUAGGGGCAAGGUUUUAGUUUACUAUUUGUAAAUUAAGCAAUUUCUUUCUAACAAGCAUCAUGGGUAUGCGUUCGAGAUUGUUUUAUAAUAUCCUGGCACUUCUAUGGCAUUAUAAAAUAGUUAAAGCAUACAUUUAAUUUUUUUAAUUUUACACAAUAUUUCAUUUUAA